UCUGAACGCUGCUGUCCGCACUUCACAAAGAAGAGCCGAGAGGUGUAGUGUGUUACAACACGCAGCACGUGCACUCAACUCGAACGAUCCUGACGAUCAUCAACAGCCCCUAGUGCAGAUCAACUAACGCUAGCCUCCUUACUGAUGAUGAUUCCAUCUGUGGUCUUUGUCUUGCUGGCUGUUUUAGGACAGACCAGUGCCACAUUAGAUCCUAAUAUUGCCAGAGGUGGUAACGUGAUUCAGUCCUCCCUGUAUGGGAAUGCCAUCCCUGAAAGGGCCAUUGAUGGAAAUCGUGCUAGCGACUGGGCACAGGGAUCCUGUACCCACACUAACAAUGAUUUAAAACCAUGGUGGAGACUGGACCUCAUGAAGACUUAUCGGAUCAACACUGUCACCAUCACCAACAGAGGAGAUUGUUGCUCCGAGAGAAUCAAUGGUGCUGAGAUCCACAUUGGAAAUUCCCUCAGUGACAAUGGCAACGGUAACCCCAGAUGUGCUGUUAUCUCGUCUAUCAAAGCUGGGACCUCCCAAACCUUUGUGUGUAAUGGAAUGGAAGGUCGUUAUAUCAACAUUGUGAUUCCUGGAAGACAAGAAUACCUGACACUGUGCGAGGUGGAAGUCACUGGUCGGGCUUUAGGUAACACAGCUCCAACUGAUCCUAAUAUUGCUAGACGUGGAAACGUGAUUCAGUCCUCCCUGCAUGGGAAUGCCUUCCCUGAAAGGGCCAUUGAUGGAAAUCGUGCUAGCGACUGGGCACAGGGAUCCUGUACCCACACUAACAAUGAUUUAAAACCAUGGUGGAGACUGGACCUCCUGAAGACAUAUCAGAUCAACACUGUCACCAUCACCAACAGAGGAGAUUGUUGCCACGAGAGAAUCAAUGGUGCUGAGAUCCGCAUUGGAAAUUCUCUCAGAGACAAUGGCAAUGAUAACCCCAGAUGUGCUGUUAUCUCGUCUAUGGCAGCUGGGACCUCCCAAACCUUUGUGUGUAAUGGAAUGGAAGGUCGUUAUAUCAACAUUGUGAUUCCUGGAAGACAAGAAUACCUGACACUGUGCGAGGUGGAAGUCACUGGUCAGCCUUCAGAUCCUAAUAUUGCUAGAAGAGGAAACGUGAUUCAGUCCUCCCUGCAUGGGAAUGCCGUCCCUGAAAGGGCCAUUGAUGGAAAUCGUGCUAGCGACUGGGCACAGGGAUCCUGUACCCACACUAACAAUGAUUUUAAACCAUGGUGGAGACUGGACCUCCUAAAGACAUAUAAGAUCAACACUGUCACCAUCACCAACAGAGGAGAUUGUUGCCCCGAGAGAAUCAAUGGUGCUGUGAUCCGCAUUGGAAAUUCCCUCAGUGACAAUGGCAAUGGUAACCCCAGAUGUGCUGUUAUCUCGUCUAUCAAAGCUGGGACCUCCCAAACCUUUGUGUGUAAUGGAAUGAAAGGUCGUUAUGUCAACAUUGUGAUUCCUGGAAGACAAGAAUACCUGACACUGUGUGAGGUGGAAGUCACUGGGACAGUAUAAUAUGAAACUUAUUCUAACACUAAAAAGAUUCUAACCCUAAUAAUUAGGGGUCCACGCCCUUCGCACAGCAGGGCUGUGGAACCGUAUUGUUUUUCUAAGGAUUAAUUUAUCCUCCUCCUCCAUCAUUAUUAUUCUUCUCCGCAUAAAACUCUGACUUCAGCCUAAACCGUACAUGGUGGGGGGUUGCCAUUUUCAGGACUCGUCCGAAACUCUGCAAGGACUUCAGGCGCAACAAUUGAACCACUUCCACCACUAGGUGGCGAUAUAGCAGGAAAAACACGUUUGGCCCUAUAACUCCCACACCGUACACCGAACAUUCAAAACCCAUAGAUCUACGCGUUCCCUGGAUCCAACUGAAUCACGUGAUAUAGGCCUCGCCCAUUUCUGCCUAGACUUUUAU